AUGGCAUUUGAAGCUGUACGGAACGAGACGUCGACAGAGCCCAUUAUUCUCGAUUUGCGACCAUCGUUCGGCACUGCCUACCUCAAGUCUGUUCCCGUCGCAACUGAUCGCAACCUCGCUCUCCUCAGCUGCCUGAAGCCCUACAUUGAGUACCAGGGCACAUUGGAGAUUCUCAAAGAUCCACCAGAAGAAUACCUGAUCCCUGGUGUUGACAUCAUAGGCGGAAUAGAAGCUAUGCGGCAAAAUCUCAAGGGAAAUGGGUACCAGACACAAUUCGAUUGUCAUGACUGA